UUCUUUGUACGCUCUGGACCGAGAGGAGGGGAGGGUAUAAAUCUGCACUUAAACAUGGAAGGGAAAGUAUGUUCUGAAGUUGUAUGCUGAAUGUCGUGUAACUUUUUUUUUUUUUUUUGAAGGAAACACAUUGCAAGGGUUUGGCCACUGUUGGGGUGAGAACGGGUUGACAUCCUGCACUGCUUGAGGUGACUGGUGCUGUCUGGAAUCAGAUCUUUUGUACUGAAGAAUCCAAUUGAUAGGAGCAGGCAGCCCUACUGUGUGCCGUUAACUCCACAAGUUGAAGAUGGCGGAGACACCUAUUUAUGCCACAGGCAUGGCCUACAAGCUGAGGAACCAGUGGGAUCGCGACAGUGGCCUGGGACAGAACCACAAUGCUGUGAAGUUCUUGGGUCAGGACUACGACACUCUGAAAGCCCAGUGCCUCCAGAGCGGGAGACUGUUUGAAGAUAGUCUGUUUCCUUGUGCUGCGUCGUCUUUGGGAUUCAACGAGCUCGGUCCCAGAUCCUCUAAGAUUUACGGCGUUCGCUGGAUGAGGCCUACGGAGAUCUGCAAACGGCCUGAGUUCAUCGUAGAUGGAGCUACUCGCACAGACAUCUGUCAGGGAGCUCUGGGGGACUGCUGGUUGCUGGCAGCCAUCGCCUCGCUGACCUUAAAUGACAACCUCCUCCACAGAGUGGUUCCUCAUGGACAGAGUUUCCAGCAGGGAUAUGCCGGCAUCUUUCACUUCCAGUUCUGGCAGUUUGGCGAGUGGGUGGAUGUCGUCAUUGAUGACCGGCUGCCAGUAAAAGAUGGGAAGCUGCUGUUUGUCCACUCAGCGGAGGGAACUGAGUUCUGGAGCGCUCUGAUCGAAAAGGCCUACGCCAAGUUGAAUGGCUGUUAUGAGGCUCUGUCAGGUGGCAGCACAUCGGAGGGUUUUGAAGACUUCACGGGCGGUGUGACGGAGAUGUACGAGCUCGGUAAAGCUCCCGCCGACCUCCACAGCAUCAUCAGGAGGGCCAUCGAAAGGGGAUCGCUUCUCGGCUGCUCCAUUGAUAUCACCAGUACAAAUGACAGGGAGGCCGUUACCUUCAAAAAGCUGGUGAAGGGUCAUGCCUACUCCUUAACUGGGGCAGAAGAGGUGCUGUACAGAGGAAACCUGACUAAGCUGGUUCGCAUCAGGAACCCUUGGGGAGAGGUGGAAUGGACUGGAGCCUGGAGCGAUAAUUCCAAAGAGUGGGACUACAUGGAUUGCACUGCCAAAGGUCGGCUACAAAACUGCAGUGAGGAUGGUGAAUUCUGGAUGUCAUUUAACGACUUUCUGCGUGAGUUCUCCCGUCUGGAGAUCUGCAACCUGACAGCAGACGCCCUGCAGAACAGCCAGAUGAAGAAAUGGAGCACCUCGCUAUUUCAGGGCGAGUGGAGGAAAGGCAGCACAGCCGGAGGCUGCAGGAACUACCCAGCAUCUUUUUGGCUGAAUCCUCAGUUCAAGAUCAUGCUGCAGCACCCAGACAGUCCUGGUAAACCAGACUGCAGCUUUUUGGUUGCUCUCAUGCAAAAGGAUCGCAGGAAGAAACGGCGAGAGGGCGAAGACAUGGAGACCAUUGGCUUUGCUCUCUAUGAGGUUCCAGAUGAGUUUAAAGGGACGACAGGAGUCCACCUCAAGCGAGACUUUUUCCUCAGUCAUGCCUCCAGCGCUCGCUCAGAACUCUUCAUCAACUUGAGGGAAGUCAGCUCGCGUUUGAAGCUGCCACAAGGCGAAUACAUAAUCGUCCCUUCCACCUUUGAGCCAAACAAAAAUGCCGACUUUGUCCUGAGGGUGUUCUCGGAGAAGCCUGCAGGCUCUGAGGAGCUUGAUGACGAAAUUAAAGCAGAGGUUCCACCAGAGACUCAACUAGAUGAGAGCCAGAUUGAUGCCUCCUUCAAGAAUCUCUUCAGGCAGCUGGCGGGAGCAGACAUGGAGAUCAGUGUUACAGAGCUGCAAACCAUAUUGAACAGGAUCAUCAGCAAACAUAAAGACCUGAAGACGGACGGCUUCUCAAAAGAAGCUUGUCGCAGUAUGAUUAACCUCAUGGAUACGGACGGCAGCGGGAAGCUGGGCCUGGUAGAGUUCCAUGUGCUCUGGGAGAAGAUUAAACGAUACCUGACUUUAUUCAGGCAGUUUGACCUGGACAAAUCCGGGACCAUGAGCUCCUACGAGAUGAGAAUGGCUCUUGAAUCUGCAGGUUUCAAGCUGACCAACAGCCUGUUCCAGCUGGUCAUCCUGCGAUACACAGAGCAAGACUUGGCUAUCGACUUUGACAACUUUGUCACCUGUUUGGUCCGACUGGAGACGAUGUUCAAAACCUUUAAGAACCUGGACACCGAUUCAGACGGUCAGAUAUCCCUAAACUUUUUCCAGUGGAUCACCCUGACCAUGUUUGCCUAAAGACGAGCGGACCCCUCUGUAACUUUUUGCACUGCAGCGCUAGACCCAUUUUCAGAAGUGCCUUUUCUCCUUCAGUUCUUCAUCUCCUCUAAGCUGCUCACCGCUGAGGUCCUCUGCUGCUUAAAAACCUAUAAAAUCAUGUUUACAGUGCCUGAAAAUGUUUUGCCAACCGAAAGAAGGCCGCUUCUCCACUUCAGUCAGCUCUGUGAGAACACCGGCUGCUCUGGAGUCAGAAAUAAAACAACUGGUUAAAUGUCAGUGGGUGGAGACAAACGUGUGUUUUGUUUUGUUUAUUUGUAUUUUUUUUUUUUUAAAGGCAAAAUAACUUAAUGGAGCAACAUUUAUUUUUCAAGCUAGCCUUACUUUUCUGUAAUGAUUACUGUGUAGCCAAGCUGUACUGAUUUAAAAUAGCUUUAAAGAAACACAUUACAAAGUGCCAACAUUGCAUUUGGUCAUAAUUUGUUAAGAUUGCAGUAUUACCAGUUGGUGACAUGACAUCACUCAGAUUUUGCAAUGUAUUUGACUAAGAUAACUAGGACGCGAUACCAAAGUCGAGGUAAUAUCUAAAUGUUACUUUGCCAACUGUAACGUUUUAAAUGUAACAUACUCAUAAUGUAGUUUUUAAAAUUUGACAAGGCCCAGGUCCCUUGUUUUUACGUUAGUGUUAUAAAAGUUGAAACCUUAGCCAGACACAAAGCUGAUAAACAAUGUUACCACAGCCAAAUUUGUUUGGAGAUUAGUUAUCAGUCUUUCAAAUAUUAAAGAUAAUUGGGGGAGGGGUAAAUGCUUGUUUGUUUUUUAAUAAAAUGCAAAUAUUGAUUUUAUUAUUUUAAUUGAUUUUUCUUUAUUACUGUUUUUUAAAAGUCCAAGAUAAUCUGUACAUCAUAAUUCUUUAUGUGGCUCUGGUAAAUUUUUAGAGCAGGACCGAUAUUGCAUUAUUAAGACUGAUACCAAUAUCGAUAUUUGCUGAUAAGGAAAAAAAAAAAAAUCCUAUAUUCGGCUAUAUCUGACAAUACUUUUUGUCUUUAAGACGCGCUAAACAUAAAAAAUGUUGGGGAAAUCUGUUUGCGUAGUUAUUUAUUUACUUGUUUACACUCUGCCCUACUGCUCGGAUAAGAUGAUUGUUGUUUGUGGGGGGGCUCCAAACACGUGUUGCCAACAGGGAAGAUACAGAGUUCCCUCUGGUGGACAAGCUGUUCAUCCUGUCUCUUCUUUUUACAUUUUCAUUUAUCAGCCAUUAUAAAUGCUGAUACUGAUAGAGACGCAAGUUAUUAAUAUCUGCCAAUAAUAUUGGUCCACAGGUAAAUUGCUCCGGCUCUAAUAAUUUUGGUAAAGCAUGAAUAUUGUUUGUACGUUGGCCAAAGUUCCAUCUUUGAUAGCGCCUGUUCAGAUUUUGCUAACCACUGCUCUCUAACUUAAUAACAUUACUGUUAAGUAUGUGCCACUAACCUUGAGGCUUGAUUUUAGCCUCUUUUAAUGUGAGAAAGGUUUAACUCAGUUUGUGUUGCAUGUUGGGGUUUAGGUAGCAUAUACUGGCGAUUUAUCUUCAAAUAUAAGGAAUCCAUGGAUACGUCUGCGUGGCCAGAUUUAAAUGCAGAGGGAUUCAGCCACUUACAGCUGAGGACAGUCGUUCCCAAAAAGUUGGCACACUUCCCGUGCUGGAUGCAGUUGAAGUAGAGAGUUAGCGUGCUGGCUGGCGUAGAUGAGUGUGCAUUAUAAAUCUCUAUUAGUAGUACGUACUGUAGCACUAGUGCCAGCCUGAAACCUUAUGUGUUACAUCCACUGCCAAACUUUCCUUUCACCUCAGCAUGAAGGGCCCCCUCAGAUUAUGCAGAGACAGCGGUGAGGUGCUAGAUCAGAGAGAAUGUGUUGAUAUGUAUCCUGUUUAACUUUAAUAUGUAAUUUCUUAUCAUUAUGCAUGGCUUAUUAUUAUUUUUUUUUUGGCAACUAUUUUGUAAAGUGGGGGGGAAUGAAUAAAUACGAGCUUAUAAGUAUGAAAUAAACAGGAUUUUAUAGCGGUAGAUAAAAGGGAUGUCAACCCUGCUUUAAUCUUGCUGUGUGAAGGGAGCAACAUGUCAAUAUUUUGGGUGAAGGUAAACAAAGAUGGGUGGGUAUAUGUAUAGAUGCUGUGAAAUGUGAUAUAUUGUAUGGUUGGGUAAUUUCUGUUCUGUGAGGAAUUGAUGAGUUUUAUCUGAAGUAUUCCACAGUUUGAUGCUGCCGUGUGGAGGAUCUACAUGUAAUGUAACCUUUUUUUUUUUUUUUUCCCUUUUAAAGCGUUUUGAAUACCAAACUCUUUUAUUCUGCCGGAUUAUUUUACAGAUAUCUUUUGUAAAUGGAAGAAUUGCAUUUUUAAACUCUGCCCAGCACUUUGAUCUUCACGCUCUGACAUUCUUGUCUUCAUUUAUGGUGAGGGACGCUUGUGUUAUGUUUACAGUCAUAACUUUCUGGGUCCCUUUGAACUUCUAUGUACACUUUGGAAAUAAAGAUGGGAAAGUUUUCAAGA